AUUUCCUUGUUGUUGGGUUCUUUCUCGUAGGGGUUAUUUCUCGUAGUGUGCUUCAGUAAAACAACAUGGCCUUUCCAACAGCUUUUAGCAAAAUUUUAAGCUCAUUUGCAAGAAGUGCGUUGGUUCCUAGAACUUUAACACGCUUUAAUAUGCACUCAGAAUCUGGGAAACGUUUGGUAAAUGGUGUUAAAUUAUAUUAUGAAAAAGUUGGGCAAGGCUCGAAAGUCUUGUUCUGUCUUCCAGGGGCUAUGGGUUCCACAAGGACUGAUUUUGGGCCCCAACUUGACCAGCUGAAAGAUAAUUUUACUGUAAUUUCAUUUGAUCCAAGAGGUUAUGGCAAGUCUAUACCACCAAAGAGAGAUUUUCCUUUGGAUUUUUACCACAGAGAUGCAGAUGAUGCUGUUGGACUUAUGGAACAACUUGGUAGUUUAUGCAUGGCCCUAAUUCUUCCUGUUCAAUUUCUCCCCCCUCCCCACAACCCCCUGGGGAAGUGUACACUGACAUUUCCUUGAUGUAGGGAAUUUCGUUGAGCAUCUAUUUGUGAGGGUGUCCUGUGGGUGUAGGGGUGGGGAAUAUAAAUUUUCACAUGCAAGGGGCUAUAUGAGUCUAGCCUGCAAACCUGCCAUGGGUUGUUUCUCGAUUAUUACAUGUUACAAACUGACGUUGUGUACAAUAAUAGUUUGUGAAUGUUGUUACAAGGUGGAAAAUUGGCUUUCUAUAUUUGCCCGGGAGUGGGGAAUUGACAGUUUAGAAAUAGAAAAUCUACAAAUCCCUGGAGGUUGCCUAGGGGAUGGCAACAGGAAGAAUUCAACCAUUAAUUAGUACUAUAUUUAUAUAUACACUGGAUAGCUUACGUUAUGUGCAUAUUAAGUGAAGGUUUCUAAUCAUGAUGUAAUUUGAUAAUAUAGGUUACAGUAAGUACUCUGUACUUGGCUGGAGUGAUGGUGGUAUAUUUGGCCUAAUCUUGGCUGGCAAAUAUCCCAAUGUUGUUGACCGUCUUGUGGUGUGGGGUUGUAAUGCCUCGGUGACACAGAAAGACCUUGAUUUGUACGAGGCAAUCAGAGAUGUUUCAAAAUGGAAUCCAAAGAUGAGAAAACCACUUGAAGGUCUGUAUAACCUUCUCUGCAGGCAUUCAAUCAAUUGCUGUGCUGGGUUGGGCCUGCAGCCAAAUUUUGCCUGCUGCCACAGGUUCAUACAGGGAAGCGAAGAGUCGUGUGUCUGUGGGAAGUUAUAGGUGGCUGAACAGAUUUGCAAUUUCUUGUAUGUGUAUCUUCAUAAAGGCGGGUGCAUGCAUGAUAGUACAUUACAGUAAGUAUCCUGAUGGUUCAUGAAAGAUAAGCUUUUAAAAUAUUUUUCUCAAAUUCACAAAGCAAACAUACCCCUCCCCUACUCAGCUCAGACUAGGCAUAGUAAGCCUGGCAAACUUCAAAGCUACAAAAUAAAGACCUUUGUAAUUUGAUGUUGAACUGUACAUCACCAUGCACAAGUCCUUUGUCUCAACUUCAUUAUAAGAACAAUUGAGAACUGAUAGAGAUUGUAGUAUAAAAGUAAACUUAGUUUUUUUUUAUUAUAUCUUUUACACAGACAUUUAUGGUGAUGAAGUACAAGAGUUAUGGGGUGGUUGGAUUGAUGGUCUUGUUAGCAUUUUCAAAGAAUGUGAUGGAAAUCUUUGUCAGGAACUUUUACCAAAUAUAACUUGCCCUACAUUGAUAAUUCACGGAGAGAAGGACCCGCUUGUGCCAACAUUUCAUCCUCAGUACAUCCACAAGAAUCUGAAAGAUUCCAUAUUACAUCUCAUGCCUGAGGGUCGACACAAUUUGCAUCUUAGAUAUGCUGAGGAAUUUAACAAGUAUGUCACAGACUUCUGUAAGGAAUGAUUAUAUUACAAUCUGUUGUUUAGGCAUAAAACAAAUAAAAGCAUAAUAAUCCCUUUGUAAGUUUUCACUAUAGUUUGAAUAGAUGUUUACAGCGUUAAGGUUUUAAUAUAAAGCUUUUUGAAACCUGGUUAUAUAUAUAUACAGGGUUAGGUUUAGGGUAGGGUUGUGCAUAUAUUGAGAAAGCUCCAUUUUUGGACUGCGUACUUAUUGGUAGGUUUUCGUUUUAUUGGUUGUGGACUUGUGGUGCAUAUCAUUUUAAUUGGAAUGUGCAUGCAGGGUUCUGGUGGACGUGUACCUCC